CUGCAUGACAUGAAUAUUUUUGAGACGAAGCGACUAUCGAAAAUACCAUUAAAUUAAACAUCACCGUACUUGUCGAGAUGCCGAAUGAAAUUAUUGUCCGACUCCAGUCACCUGCAGGCACAAAGAGAGUGAAUGUGCCUCCAGCGACGACACUCUACAAGUUUUUCCAGAAGGUAUCUGAGACAGUUGGUAUCCCUGUUGACCAGUUCCAAUUAUACACGGAUAGAGACAAGACAAGAGACUUGAAACCCACCAGCAAGGCCACAUUGCACACCUACAAAAUCAAACAUGGAGAUAUGUUAUACGUGUCAUACCAGCCGGGUAUGUAUGAGACCGAGACGGAUCAUCCAGGCACAUCAUCAUCAGCGGCGGCAGCAGCUAGCGUUGAAGAAGAUGAAGUGGACCAAUUCCUUGCCAAGCUAGACGGCAAAAUCUACAGAGAGAGAGAUGAACAGCUUUGUCAUCAUGGGGCCAAUGCAAAGUGUGUCCACUGCGUUCCUUUAGAGUCGUACGAUGAGAGGUACCUUCAUGAGCAUGAUCCUCCAAUUAAGCAUCUCUCCUUCCAUUCACAUAUCAGGAAGCUCACAGGAGGCGUUGAUAAAGGCAAGUUUGCAUUCCUUGAAAACAUCAGCCUGAAGAUAAAGCCUGGUUGUACGGAACAUGCCCCGUGGCCGGGGGGUAUAUGCACAAAAUGUCAACCCAGUGCUAUCACACUAAAUAGGCAGACGUAUCGACACGUAGACAAUGUAAUGUUUAAAAAUCCCUUCAUGUUCGAUCGAUUCCUGGACUACUGGAGGAAGACAGGGAACCAGCGCGUUGGUAUCCUGUACGGCACAUACGAACACCACAAAGAUGUACCACUAGGUAUCAAAGCAACAGUGUCAGCAAUAUAUGAACCUCCACAGAAAUCUACAGUCAACAGUUUAGAGCUUUUACCAGACAACAAUGCAGAAGUUGUGGAAUUUGUCGCCAGUAAAAUGGGUCUACGGAAGGUUGGAUGGAUUUUCACAGAUUUAGUUGCAGAGGAUCUCACCAAAGGAACAGUCAAGCAUGUCAGGAACAUGGAUGCUCAUUUCUUGAGUGCGGAGGAGUGCAUCAUGGCAGGGGAGCUUCAGAAUCAGCAUCCUAACCCAUGUAAAUUAGCCACCGAGGGCACGUUCGGCUCCAAGUUUGUCACUUGUAUUGUAACAGGUGAUUCCACAAAUCAAAUCCACACCGAGGCGUACCAAGUAUCAAACCAGUGUAUGGCCCUGGUGCAAGAUGACUGCUUAGUGCCUACCAGAGAUGCCCCUGAGUUGGGCUACGUACGAGAAUCUACUAGCGAGCAAUAUGUCCCUGAUGUCUUCUACACGGAAAAGGACAGUUAUGGAAACAGCUCAAAAUCCUUAGCAAGACCCCUGCCUGUUGAAUUUCUGCUGGUUGAUGUGACGAGCGGUUUCCCUAAGGAUCCAAUGUACACCUUCAACGACUCGCCGACAGUCAAACACUUCCCUGUUGAGAACCGCUCCGAGCUCGGGGAGGUCCAAGACCUCGGCCCAUUGGCCCAGUACAUGAAACAGUUCAGCAGUGAACAGUUCAUGGAGGCCAUGUUGGAUUUCCAUUUGAUGGUGUACCUCGCUGCUAUGCAGAUGCUGCCAAUUAGAGAUCACAUGGGAUCACUAUUGGAUGCUCUGAGGACACAGGAUGGAGAGCUAGCGAGGGCGUGGUCAAAGAGCGAACACUGGGCAACGUUAGAACACUUCAUGGCUGCCCAAGCGCCGAGUCCUACGUCAAUGUCGGCAUCAUCAGCUUCCUCAGGGGCAGGGGCAUCCCAAGGAACUUGGACUUGCUCUCGAUGUACAUACAUCAACACCAACUCAAGACCAACCUGUGAGAUCUGCGAAGGACCCAAGGCUUGAUGCAGUUUCUUUCCAGUGUAUUUUUUUUACUGGAAUUUAUUGAAAUUGGAUACUAAACCUAUUCUUAAAGGCACUGGACACUAUUGGUAAUUACUUGAAAUAAUUAUUAGCAUAAAAACUUACUUGUUAACGAGCAAUGGAGUGCUGUUUAUAGUAUGAAACCUUGUAAGAAACGGCUCCCUCUGAAGUAAUGUAGUUUUUGAGAAAGGGGUAAUUUUUUCACUCAAAUA